GAUCAAAACAGACGCUGCCAACGUUGGAAAGCAUAUCUGCACGUGCACCAGAUUGAUCAGGACGAGUCAUGGACACAAGUAUUGUAGGAGAGGAGGAGAAGGAGGGAGAGGUGACAUAUGAAGAGAAACUCAAAUAUGUCAGUGUCAUCGCUCAGCCCAUGGCGUCCAAAAAACUCACAAGCAGGAUAUACAAGUUGAUCAAGAAAGCCUCCAAACAUAAGUUAUGUGUGAGAGAUGGAUUAAAGGAUGUACAAGCAAGGAUCAGGAGAGGAGAAACAGGAAUUGUCAUCCUUGCUGGGAAUGCUUCGCCUAUUGAAGUGAUGUGCCAUCUCCCUGCUGUGUGUGAGGAAAAGGAGAUUCCUUACAUAUAUACACCAUCCAGAGAAGAUUUAGGUGCUGCCUUGGGUACCAGAAGGGGUUGUCUUGUUAUUCUUAUUCAGAAAAACGAUGAAUACCAGGAAUCAUAUGACAAAGUUCUUGAGGAUAUCAACAAAGUACCUAGAGUUUACUAGAUUUCUGUCAUGAAAAUAUUUUUAAGUACCAUUCUGUUAUUUUAAUAAAGGUUUCAAAAGAU